CCGAUGUGGUGUACGGUUUGAAUGAGAAUGAUCGUUACGGCAGCGGAGCGGGGAUUUUUAAGCUGACUGGCUGGCUCGAGAAUUACGCAUGUGUGAGACUGCGACCAAUGUUUCGUUCAUUUUUUUCUUUUUCCUUUCCAAUCGUGCUUCAUUGUAUUUCGCUGCUGCUCUGAUUGCCCGUUUUGGGCGUACGAUUUGAGAAGCACAAAAUGGACCAAUCAAAAAUGGGCACAUAGUGCAUUUUGACAAUGCUUGAUAUUUCAAAAUUAUUCAAUUAUUUAUCUCAAGAAAAAUGAAAUGUUAUUCGUUAUGAUAGAUGCGUGGAUAUAUUUUCUAUCAAUUGAUGCAAAAACCUUUGCGAUCUAUUGAGAAAUGCUCGAGUUAUAAGCGUUCCAAAUCUUGCAUUUUUUCCUACUUGUUCAGUGCCUAGAUUUCCAUUUCACCCCCUAUAUCUUCCGGUUAGACGUAGUCCUACGUCAAAAUGUAUCCACUGUGGCGAGAAUCCUCACGCACUACAGGAGUGCCCAAGGUACAAACAGCACUCCGAUAAAGUGAAGCGUUCUAUCACAGGACGCUCCAAGUGGACUUAUGCUGAAAUGCUCAAGGCCGCAUCAGCCGCUCAUGAUGAAAACCAAUUUUCGGUUUUGUCAACUCAAGAAUUGGACUCUGAUUCUGAUGAGGAUCACACUACGGCUGCACCAGAAUCUUAGACAAAGGAUGAUUCUCAAAAAAGAAAACUCUCUUCACCAAUGAUGCACCGUAAGAAAGCUAAAAUGAUCCUCAGAAGAUUGUCUAAUUCCAAGGAUAAUGGUAUAAAAAAUUAAUCCGAAGACUCCUUCUCAGCCAAUUCCUGGUUGCAGUAAGGAUUAUACGCCGUUACCCAGAAGAGAGAGAAACAAAAACCCUGCCCCUCGAUCUUCUCAUAGAAAAUUCGCGUCCAAUCGAGGAUUGAUAGCUUUUUCGGACAUUGUGGACUUUAUAUUAAACACCUUCAAUAUUCAAGACCCCCUAAGAAGCCUUAUUUCUGCCUUGCUUCCAUCCCUGAAGUCUUAUCUUAAGCAAUUGACUGUUUCAUGGCCCCUCCUUGCAUCAAUCAUAUCUUUCGAUGGAUAAUUCACCUAACGUAGUAGAAGAUAUGAUCAAUGUGUUACAAUGGAACUGCCGUAGUCUAGUGCCUAAACUAGACUCGUUCAAAUUUUUACUUCAAAAUUAUGACUGCGAUAUAUUCGCCCUCAUCUCGCAUCAUUCAUUCUUCGCCGAUUGCCCGAAGUAACCAGACGAAGGAAAGUCGCGUCUAAGUUUCGUUAUCGGUUACCGCGUGAUUGUUGUUUUUUUUUGCCGCUGAAGAGUUCAUUUCGCUAUCUGGAUAGUGAGUGGAGUACCCUGAAUGAAAGCGGAUAGAGGCUUUCAUCAUCGGAAAACCAAGGAUUGGUUUUUAUUUUGUCGCUGCUUCGCCGACAUUGGAGUUUUCGCCGAAUCAUCGUGCCAACAGUACCAGUGCGGGUAAGCUUUUACCGACGACUGUGUGUAGUGGUGUCGUAAGCACAUUCUCACCACCAACGAGCUUUCAGCGCGCUCCCGUUCAUCUGCACUGGAGUGCGUUCAUAGGUGAAUAAGAUUAAAUAUACUCAGAGAAAAUAUUUAUUAAUUAUAAGUUUUUUUUUGUUUUUGUGAAUUAUUUUAUUGUGAAAUAUUGUUUAAAAAACAAAAAAUACUUAGAAUAUAAGUGCAAAUUUUAAAAUGGCAGAGAGUGGGGGACCUUCGGAUAUGGAGGUCUCUGACUCCAGUUCCCUCCUAAGUGAUAAAAAAAAGUCACUCAAACGCGUACCAAAUACGGAAGAUACUUCUUCUGGGGACGAGUCAGCUAACCCUACCAAGCCUCCCUCCAAAAAACUAGCAAAUCUCCCAUCUGCCCUUAACGAUCCCACUUUACCUUCAACCUCGUCUUCUCCCUCUGUUCUCCUCGCUCCUUCUCAACCUUCACCUUCCCACCCUACUGUCCCUGAUCCCUCUCAAUCCCCGUCCUCGCCUUCCUCCCCUGUUAUUCCCACCCCGCGUGUGAAGGUCUAUCCAGAAGAUGCGCCCGGAAUUGGUCCCUGGGUUGUUUUCUUCAGGCCUAAGCCUAAUGGAAAAGCGUUGAGAGUCAUGCAGAUCGCGAAAGAUCUGGCAAGGUAUACCUCCGUUUCGGAAAUUUCGAAGGUUAGACCAAACAAAUUACGAGUUGUCGUGACUGACCGGAAAGACGCAAACAAGAUUGUUGUCGAUCAGCAUUUUACAAUUGAGUAUCGGGUUUACAUUCCCUCUCACAUAGUCGAAAUUGAGGGUGUGAUAACCGAAACGGGCUUGACGUGCGAAUACAUUACGAGUGAAUGUACCGGCCGUUUUAAAAAACUGCCCUCGACGACUGUUAACUGGUGUGGCGAAACAUCGCUUGUUGAAUUUAUUCAAUCGGUUUCUGGAACAUAAUAUUGUUCCGGAUGAUUGGAGACAUGUACGAGUUAUAGCUAUUCAAAAACCCGGAAAACCCGCGUCCGACUUCAAUUCGUACCGCCCAAUAGCAAUGCUGUCUUGUAUACGGAAAUUGUUGGAGAAAAUGAUCUUGUUUCGCCUUGAUCGAUGGGUUGAAACGAAUGGCCUACUCUCAGAUACACAAUAUGGGUUCCGCAGGGGCAAGGGGACGAAUGAUUGUCUUGCGUUGCUUUCUUCAGAAAUUCAAAUGGCUUACGCCGAAAAAAAACAAAUGGCUUCAGUAUUCUUGGACAUAAAGGGGGCCUUUGAUUCUGUUUCAAUAGAGGUUUUGUCAGACAAAUUACACUCUCGGGGUCUGCCGCCUCUGUUGAAUAAUAUGUUAUAUAACUUGCUUUGUGAGAAACAUUUGAACUUUUCUCACGGAGAUUCGGCAGUAAGUCGGGUCUCUUACAUGGGCCUCCCCCAGGGCUCAUGUUUAAGCCCCCUUUUGUACAACUUCUACGUAAGCGACAUUGACAAUUGCCUUACACAAAAUUGCAGCCUAAGACAACUUGCAGAUGAUGGAGUGGUGUCUGUCGUAGGAUCAAACGAAUCCGACUUGCAAGAACCCUUACAAGAUACAUUGAACAAUUUUUCAACCUAGGCCAUUGGGCUAGGGAUCGGAUUCUCCACGGAGAAAACAGAGAUGGUGGUUUUUUCUAGGAAGCAUAAACCAGCAAAACCAAAGCUUCAUCUUUUGGGUAAACCGAUCACUCAUGCUAUGUCAUUCAAGUAUCUUGGGGUCUGGUUCGACUCCCAUAUUAGGUAUGGGAGUCGAACCAUAUUAGGUAUCUGAGUAAAAAAUGCCAACAAAGAAUAAACUUUCUCCGUACAAUUACCGGCACAUGGUGGGGAGCCCAUCCAGAAGAUCUUAUAAUGUUGUAUAGAACAACUAUUCUCUCAGUGAUGGAGUACGGCAGUUUCUGUUUUCAAUCAGCUGCCAAAACACACUUCAUUAAACUCGAGCGAAUUCAGUAUCUUUGUCUCCGUAUUGCUCUGGGAUGUAUGCCCUCAACGCCUACCAUGAGUCUCGAGGUUUUGGCAGGCGUAUUCCCACUAAAAGAUCGCUUCAAUUUAUUAAUCUCUUCGGUUCCUCAUCCGGUGUAAGGUUAUGAACCCAUUGGUGAUCGGAAAUUUUGAACAGCUGAUCGAGCUAAAUUUUCAAUCUGGGUUCAUGAGUCCAUAUCAUGAAUUCAUCUCCAUGCAGGUUGAUCCUUCCUCGUAUAUUCCCAACCGUGUUUGUUUUCCUGACUACAUCAAUUCCUCUAUGCAUUUUGAUCUGUCCAUGAAGCAGGAUAUCCAUGGAACAUCAGAUUAUCUUCGAUCGAGGAUCGUUCCAACGAUCUUCGAUGCAAAGUAUGGGGAUAUCAAUUGUGAUAAUAUGUACUUUACUGAUGGGUCCUCUAUGAAUGAGUCCACAGGAUUUGGAGUGUUCAACGAAUUUUUUAGCACCUCCCACAGUGUUCAGAAUCCUUGCUCAGUGUAUAUUGCUGAAUUGGCAGCGAUACACUGGGCGCUGGACAGCGUCGCCUCACGACCUGUUGAACACUAUUACAUUGUAACGGAUAGUCUUAGCUCUGUCGAAGCUAUCCGUUCAGUGAGGCCGGAAAAGCACUCGCCGUACUUCCUUGAGAGAAUACGAGAAAUUUUGAGUGCUUUAUUCAGACGCUGUUAUGUCAUUACCUUUGUCUGGGUCCCUUCACAUUGCUCAAUUCCGGGUAAUGAGAGGGCUGACUCAUUAGCAAAGGUAGGUGCAAUUGAAGGCGAUACUUAUCAGCGUCAAAUCGCCUUCAAUGAUUUUUAUUCUUUAGUCCGCAAAAAUACCAUAGUUAACUGGCACCGCAAAUGGAACGAAGAUGAAUUGGGCCGGUGGCUCCACUCGAUUAUCCCUAAGGUUAGCCUCAAACCAUGGUUCAAAAGACUGGACUUGAGUCGGGACUUUAUUCGCACCUUCUCCCGACUCAUGUCCAAUCACUGUUCGUUAGAUGCGCUACUCUUUCGUAUUAAUCUUGCCGACAACAAUCUUUGUGUUUGUGGCCAAGGUUACCACGACAUCGAGCACGUUGUUUGGUCGUGCGAGCUGUAUCUUGUCGCCAGAUCGAAUUUAGAAGACACCCUUCGGGCCCGAGGAAGGCAGCCCAUGGUGCCGGUGAGAGACGUGUUGGCUCGGUUAGACCUUGAUUACAUGUCCCAAAUAUAUGUAUUCCUUAAUGCUAUCGAUCUUCGUGUGUGAUUGUCCUUAUACCCUUAGUUUUUCCUUUUCCUUUUCCUUUGUGAGAGAUCGGAUCCCUUCUUAAGAAUAAGAUGAAAUGUAAAUACAUGUUAGAUAUAAGAUAAGUUUAAGAAUUGAAUGUGAUGAGUGUGAUUGAGUGUGUGAGUGUGAUCAUUGUCAAUAUAUCCUCAUAUCCCCUCCUUUUCCUGAAGAAAAUAUGUCACCCUUCUAAACUCGAGUCGACCGCGAGUAAUCGGUUUCCUAUAUUAUUAACAUUAGAAUUAAGGGAAAAUGUAUAUAUACUAGUAACAAUACAGUAAGGAGUUCGGCUCCUUUAAACCUAUGUAACUGAGCCUGUAAAAAAUAAAAGAUUUAAAUAAAAAAAAAAUAUAUAUAUAUAUAUAUAUUCGCCCUUCCUGAAACAUGGCUUUCUUCUGACACAGAACUGAACUUCCACGAUUUUAACAUUAUUCGCCUGGAUAGAAAUGAUUCUUAUGGAGGAGUACUUCUGGGGAUCAAAAAGUGCUACUCUUUCUAUAAAAUUCCUCUCCCAGCUCUAUCAGACAUCGAAAUUGUCGCGUGUCAAAUAACGGCAAAGAAUAAAGAACUUUGCAUAGCUUCAGUAUACGUUCCUCCAAAUACUAACAUUAGCCGUAGUCAACUUUGGAAUCUAGUCUCGAUUCUCUCAUCCCCAGUUCUAAUACUGGGUGACAUGAACUCCCAUGGUACUGGGUGGGGUGAUCCUUAUGAUGACGCUAGAGCGGCUAUUUUUUACGAUUUAUGUGACGAUUUCAAUUUAACUAUCUUGAACAAUGGUGAAGCGACACGAAUUCCAAAACCUCCGGCUCGAGAAAGUCGACUCGACCUAUCUUUUUGCUCAAGCUCGCUAUCAUUAGAUUGUCAGUGGAAGGUCAUCAAUGAUCCCCAUGGUAGCGAUCACUUGCCAAUCAAUAUAUCAAUCAAGUGUAGCCCGCAAUCCACUGAACCAUCUCGAUUUCCAUUUGAUCUAACAAGGAACAUCGACUGGCAAAAAUUUGCAACGGCGGUAACAAUUGGUGUCGAAUCAAUAGAUAUACUUCCACCAUUGGAAGAAUAUCGAUUCUUCGUAGAUUUGAUGUAUAAAAGCUCAUUGGAAGCACAAAAAAGAAAAGUUCCUAGUGUUCCGUUUAAUAGAAAACCAGCCACUCCUGGCUGGGACGACGAAUGCACAAAAUUGUAUUUGUAAAAAUCUAAUGCUUUCAAAGCUUUUCGUAGUUAUGGAACAUCCACACACUUCGAGGAAUAUCCGAAGCUUGAAAUACAGCUGAAACAAUUAAUUAAAGCAAAAAAACGCGGUUACUGGUGCACUUUCAUUGAAGGUCUUUCACGUGAAACCUCAAUACGUACCUUGUGGAGGGUAGCUCGCAACAUGCGUAUCCGCUCAUCUACCAACGAGAGUGAAGAAUACUCCAACCGAUGGAUAUUCGAUUUCGCUAAAAAGGUCUGUCCAGACUCAGUUCAAGCCCAACAUAUUCUUCGAGAAACGUCUCCAAGCGGAGGACCUCUGGACAGACCAUUCUCAAUGCUGGAAUUUUCUAUGGCUCUUCUUUCAUCGAACAACUCUUCACCCGGAAGCGAUAUGAUUAAAUUCGUUCUUCUAAAAAAUCUUCCCCAUAUCGCGAAAAGACGCUUGCUAGACUUAUUCAAUACCCUACUAGAAAACAAUAUUGUGCCACCCGAAUGGAGACAGGUCAAAGUGAUAGCAAUUCAAAAGCCUGGCAAACCAGCGUCUGACCAUAACUCAUACCGUCCGAUUGCUAUGCUCUCGUGCAUUAGAAAAUUGUUGGAAAAAAUUAUCCUUCGAAGUCUCGAUCAAUGGAUCGAGACAAAUAAUUUGCUAUCAAGUACACAAUUUGGGCAAAGGAGCAAAGGAACAAACGAUUGUCUAGCGUUGCUUUCUACGGAUAUUCAACUGGCUUUGCGCACAAGGAGCAACUGGCUUCAGUAUUUUUGGAUAUUGAGGGAGCUUUUGAUUCGGUUUCCAUAGAAAUUCUGUCAGACAAUCUGGACAGGUGUGGACUUCCUGGAAUUUUGAACAACUUCUUGUGCAAUUUGUUGUCAGAAAAGCAAAUGAACUUUACCCUUGGACAACUGACAACUUCCAGAAAUAGUUAUAUGGGUCUACCCCAAGGCUCAUGUCUCAGCCCCCUUCUUUAUAAUUUUUAUGUGAAAGAUAUUGACAGUUGUUUGGCAGAACAAUGCACGCUAAGACAACUUGCAGAUGAUGGUGUGGUUUCCGUCAGAGGUUCCCAUGCCGAAAACUUGCAAAGACCAUUGCAAAAUUCCCUAGGUAACUUGUCUUCCUGGGCAAGGAACUUAGGGAUCGAAUUCUCGCCGCAGAAAACAGAACUGGUAGUGUUUACUCGAAAGCGGUUCCUAGCCCAACUGCAACUCAAGUUUUUGGGCAGAAGCAUUACCCAAUCAUUGACCUUCAAGUACCUUGGUGUCUGGUUUGAUUCAAAAUGCACUUGGAAUACCCACAUUACGUAUUUGAAGCAAAAAUGUCAAAAGAGGGUCAACUUUCUCCGUUCGAUUUGCGGCACGUGGUGGGGAGCUCAUCCGGGAGAUCUCAUAACGCUUUAUAAAACAACUAUUCUAUCUAUUCUGGAGUAUGGCUCUUUCUGCUUUCUCUCAGCAGCUAAAAGUCACCUUCUAAAAUUGGAACGAAUUCAAUAUCAUUGUCUGCGUAUAGCUCUCGGCUGUAUGCACUUAACGCAUAACAUGAGUCUCGAGGUUCUGGCAGGAGUAACUCCUCUACAGAACCGAUUCUGGGAACUUUCUCUCAGAAUACUGGUGAAAUGCGGAGUCACGAACACACUUGUGAUUGAAAACUUUGAAAAAAUUCUUCAUCUAAAUAUACAAUCUCGGUUUAUGAGAAUUUAUUACCACUAUAUUUCGUCAGAUAUUUGUCUUCCAUCGUUUACUCCAGAUCGUGCUCACUUCACCAUCAGCAGUUCCUCAAUUGAAUACGAUCUGUCGAUGAAACAAGCAAUACUUGGGAUUUCAGAUCAGCUUCGACCAACUUUCAUUCCCCGUAUUUUUAUCCGAAAGUACCAAAAAGUCAAUUGAUGAAAAGAUACUUCACUGAUGGGUCUCGCCUCAAUGGAUCCACUGGCUUCGGUGUUUUCAAUGAAAAUUCGAGCGCCUUCCGUAAACUGCAGGAACCUUGUUCCGUUUAUGUUGCUGAGCUGGCAGCAAUCGACUUCGCAUUGGGGAUGAUCUCCAACAAGCCUGCAGACUAUUACUUCAUUUUCUCGGAUAGUCUCAGUUCGCUUGAGGCUCUCCAGUCGAUAAAAACUAGUAGGCACCCAUCUUAUUUCCUCACAAAAGUGAGGCAGCAGAUGAGUGCACUGAUCGAAAGAUCUUAUAAGUUAACCUUUGUAUGGGUCCCCUCUCAUUGCUCAAUUCCUGGCAAUGAGAAAGCGGACACUCUCGCAAAGGUGGGUGCCCAGGAAGGCGAAUUGUUUGAUAGACAGAUUUCAUACGAUGAAUUUUUCCAAUUACUGCGUCAGAGUUUCCUCUUGAGUUGGCAAACUGAUUGGAACACUGGAAGUCUUGGGCGGUGGUUAUAUUCAAUUAUUCCAAAUGUUUCUUCGAGAGCGUGGUUCAAAGGUCUGGACGUUAGUCGUGACUUCAUUCGUGUAAUGAGUAGACUUAUGUCCAACCACUACUCGCUAGAUGUGCAUCUCCAAGAAUAAAUCUUGUUCAAAGCAACGUCUGUCGGUGUGGAAACGGUUACGAUGACAUCGAUCACGCAGUUCGGCAAUGUUACGCAGCUAGAGAGUACCUUUUGAAUGCCCUUAGGGCCCAAAGAAGACAACCCUAUGUUCCUGUUAGAGACGUGUUGGGAACUCGCGACAUCUGCUAUAUGCAGUUGAUCUAUAUGUUUGUGAAACGGACUAGCAUAAGAAUUUAAUGCUUUUGUGUGUUUUUUUUUCAUUUUCGUUAUUAGUUUGUUUGUCUUGUCCCCUCAUCUCACCGUCGCCCACCCUCGACAGAUAGUCGAACACCAGAUGCUAUCCCUGGUCUUUAUGCACAAUGCUACAGUGCGUGCGGCAACUCUCGGUUGAGACAACGAUACCUCAUAUCCAUAUCCCUAACCUGAUCCAUCCCACAAAAAUUGUUGCCGCUCUAACCUCGAGUAAACCGCGAGUAAUCGGUCGAAACCUACUAAACAUAGAUUUAAGUUGAAAUUCUGUAAAAACAAAUCAUGAAUUAGUGGCUCCGCAAAGCUCAUGCGAUUGAGCCUUACAAAUAAAUGAAUUGAAAAAAAAAUCAACCAGGAGAUGGCAGCCCUGAAGAAGAAUGAUACUUGGACUCUGACCGAGCUGCCAGCAGAUCGCAAGCCAGUUUCAAAUAAGUGGAUUUUUAAAAUAAAGCCUGGUAUAAAUGGAGAUUUGGAUCGCUAUAAAGCUCGUUUAGUGGCUAGAGGUUUUAGCCAAAAAUUUGGCUUCGACUAUAACGAAACCUAUUCCCCAGUGGCCAAACUGGACACACUACGAUCUGUUUUGGCUAUUGCGUGUCGCGAUAAAAUGAUAGUACAUUAAAUGGAUGUAUGCACUGCUUUCUUAAAUGGAUCACUUACAGAAGACAUAUAUAUGAUUCAGCCAUAGGGAUUCGUGGAAGGAAAGAACCAGGUGUGCCGUUUGAAAAAGGCUCUGUACGGCCGGGAGUAUUUUUGUUCCGACUGAAAUCUGUUUUCCCUCUAAAGACUUCUAAACCAAGGUGUUGCAAAUACAUGCAAACUGCGAAUACUUUUGUACUCGCUUGCUUUUGUGCAAACUAGAGUGCGUUUCCCCAACAUGGUCUCGUAACGCAAAUAUAUUGAAUUCAAUUGAAUUCGGAAAUUGUUUCAUUCAGUCAAAAAUUUUAUCAAUACAAACAAUACUAAGCUAAGGUAGUCCCACGUCAACCUUACGGUUAUAUCAUAGAUAUAACCCACCCAUUUUGUUUUGGUCUUUUUCUCCUCCAGCUCUUCCACUCUUUUUGAAAGUGCGGCGAUGGUUUCGGUAAGCUGCUUUAUGAGUUCGUCUUUUUGUUUUAACUGUUCCGAUUCGGGUGAACCUUCACGAGCUGUAACCAAACGUUGUUGAAUUUGACUAACGGCCACGUAGGAUCCAGCUCCUGCCUUCAGUUGUUUUGUUGCUUCUUGGUAUGAGAUUCCUUUGGUGAAGCGAAGACGGACGAUCUCCUUCUCCAUCACGUAUUUGGGACAAGUUCGACUUGUUGAACUAUGCUUGUCGUUGCAAUGUAUGCAAAAUGGAUCUGCACUACAAAUACCAUCCAAGCUGUGUUCCUCUGAACAAUUGCGACACUUGGGCAGUUCUUUUUGGCAGCGCAAUUUGGUGUGCCCGUAUGCAAAACAUGUAUAGCAUUGCAUGGGAUCCGGAAUGUACAUUCGUGUCCUGAUGCGCAGUGGUCCGAUUUUAAUAUCAUCUGGUACUGAUGUACCACUGAUGGUCAGGAUAAUAGUAGGGGUGUUAAUUUUGACUUCCUUUUCUAUGCGGCAAUCACUCCCUCUAUGCCUAGCCAUUUCAUGAGAUUUUCUUCUGUCUCAUCAAUAAUCUCACGGCAUGAAAUGACACAGCGUCGUUUGUUGAGAAUGGGAUGACGUUCCACUAUAACCGCCGUACCGUCGACAAGUUUCUCCAUUGCGAGCAGUUUUUCUACCUGUCCCGCAUCACGAACACGCAGCACAUACUUUAAACCAGUCUCGUCUCCUUAACGAGAUCAUGCAUUGAUUUACCCACUAUGAAUGGGCUAAGCCUCGUCUUCCAGUCAGCAGCAUACAGCGAAAGAAUUUGCAGCUGCUCGAUUCCUAUGCCACCAUACCAUACCGGAGCUGUGGGCCUACCAUCCUCAGCUAAAGGGGGCGGCCCUGUGUCCCAGGCCGGACCAGAUGCCAUCCUCAAACUGACACCAGCACUAACAAGCGCUUGUACGAACUUGCACAGACGUGUUUUGUCGUUACCACACAGAGCGAAUAAAAUGUUUUUACGAGUUAACACUUUGAAUAAGCACGGAUUUGCCUUGAGAAAGGCAGUUGUUUCGAGUUAUUUGCACCGAAUGACACUAGCUAUCGCGACGACGGUCAAAAAACGAAUGUGAAUGAAAUGAAAAGCGCUGGUGUCAUCCUUUUAUAGUCGUGGUUGCUUGGGUUGUCAGGUCCAAGAUGCUAAACUAUAGGUGUUUCGUUCUUGACACUUUCAUGACAAUACCUGAGACGAGUUGCGAGACGUAGCUUUCUGCAUUGUUUACUUUUUGUUUGGUUGUGUCGUUAUGGUUUCAUAUCAACUCGCUGAGGAAAACAACUGAAGAAAGAAAUAAGCAAAUAUAUAUUCGUGAAAAAUAGUGUACUAGAGCUGCAAUAAGAUACACAGGUCGGAGGCCACUGAUCAUUCAACAAGAGCCAAAGGUUGUACCGCUCAUGGCAACUCUACACGAGCUGAAGAUUGUACCGUCCAGUGACCAUUCUACCCUGGAUUCCUCGAGUCAAGAGAGACGCACCACGAUUGAUAUGAGGUACAGACUAGGGGGGCGUCGCUGAUCAAUGGUCAGUUAUACUCCAAUAGGAAGUAUCCCGUGUCGGCCACACAUACAUAGUACUGGAGACUGCAACAUCCCAAUUAUGAGAUCUUUGUAAUACUAACCUCGAGCCAACCGCGAGUAAUCGGUUACAUAUUACUAACAUAGUUGUAAGACAAAAAUUGUUAAAAUAUUGGACUCCCGGCCCCGUCAAGCUACGUGCCUUAAUAAAAUAUAUAUUUUGGUAAAAAAAUUAUAUAUUAUUCAAUAUUUUUGGGGGACAGUGAGGAUUUGAUUAGCUUGUGAGUGUGAUAAAAGUGCUAUAAGUCUAAGAAAUCUGUUGUCCAACUCCUCCACAGAUAAUCGUUCAUCUCGCGGUUCUCUAUCAUGCCAAAAUUAUAUUGUGAAUAUUUUAUUUACUUCAGAUGCCGUAUUAUUGUGCAGUAAAAGGAUGUGGAAACAAGGUUCUCAUAACGAAAAAUAACCCGGACAUUGUUUACCACACUUUUCUCCGAGAUGGAGAUAAAAAUCAAAAAUCAAAUCAUAUGCUCACGUCAUUUCCAUAGAAGCAGUUACGAUGACCGACAUCAAAUGCGCCAUGAACUUAAUGGUACGAGGAAAUAUAGGAUGUUGAAUUCCAAAGUUAAACAUUUUUUCUGCCUUAUAUGUAUCAGCCAUUCCAUGUCUAACCGAUAUAGUGGUUCUCCGAUUUUCGUGGAAAGUGGUAGAUUGUAGACUUUAUUGCAAAAUAUUAGACCCGUCUUUUCUUGUUUUUUUUUUAUUAGGGCUGUGUGGUAUACGUUGCAAAUCGUGAAUAUUGUCACCGGAUUAAGGGCAUUGUAGUGAUGUAGAACGUUGAACUUUUGACUAGUCUGAAAUCGAUCCACCGCCGCAACAAUAAGAAAUUUCUCACCGUGCAAUUUUUCGAAAUGACUGGUAUACUCAUCGGCAGUGCGGAAAUACUCUCGGCAUACAAAGCAGCAGCGCAAAGAGGGGUCCAAAUUGUGUUUCAGCAUACGUUCCACCGUAGUCACAUAACGAAUUUCCGAUAGAAGUCGAUUCGCCGCUACCAUCUCUUUAAUUUCCUUCAAAACUAUGUCGUUUUGUAAAAUUGCAUCCAGCAUACGCAGGAAUUUGUU